CAUUUUUAGCCCAUCACAUCCAUCAAAUUUCUUAGCCCAUUUGUCAGACGAAUUUAACCCGAAUUACUAUUGCGAAUUUGUAAUUGCUCCGCCGCUCGGAGCACAUUAGUCGCCGGUCACCGCCCAUCUUCGCCGCCGUCCUGAAAUUAUGGGCUCAGAGAUGGAAAUAGUUGAGCAGAGGCUAAACACUUUUGUUAGUCAGCUGCAGACAGAUUUUGCCAUUCUCGAUCGGCUGGUUUACAAAAACAAGAACCAACAUAGAAGAUGCUCAUAUUUUCAGUACCUCUUAAAGGUGAGAAGAGAUUUGAAGCUCCUCCAAGCAGCUAACUUGGAGGAGGUUUUGAGUUCCUCCUUUCAUGUUCUUUUCGGAAAAAGACCCAAGCAAAAAGUGCAGCUCUUGGAAAGCCUAAAGAGGAGAAGAUCUCAUGGUGGCAAAUAUAACUUUCUGGAGCGGCUUUUAGGGGUAGCACACCUGUUGUCACAGAUGGUUGAGCCACUGUUAAGGGCCGCUGAGGAGAUAUCCACACUUCUUGCACGAUCAUUUUUUAUGGGAUUUUCGCUGACAGUGUUGUCCUUGCUCGCCCGAAUAAGAGUUCUAGUUCAGCAAAUGCUUCUAGAUGUUGUUUGUGUAUUCAACAAUGUCUCCACUUUAUCUCAGAGGGAACAAGCCAUAAAAUUGUCUCAAGAUGGAUUUGAGGUUUUUAGAGAAUACUUUCCGCCAAAGCAGCAGGUGGUCUUCCUCGAAUGUAUUUGGGAAUCUGAUAAGUAUGUGUUAGUUGAGAGACAAAAUCAGAAAGACGUCGGAAGCCAGGAAAAGGAGGCUGGAGAAGAUGUUUUUGUAGAAGCAUCUAAGAUUCAGUAUGAAAGCAUUGAGCUUUUCCUAGGAGAUGACGAACCUAGAAAGGCAGCCUCUAAAGAUUCGGCUGAGGAUGGUCAAGAUGUAACGAACAAAGAUAAAGCAAAUUUCGUGGAGGAUCCUAUCCAAGUGAGCAAUGAUGAAUUUCGAGCUCAGAUUGAUUCAACUAUUGCAGGACCUUCUGGCAAUAACUUUGAUGCUCCUGAAGCCGAAGCACUUCCAAGUUCAUCACCAGACAAGAAUCCUGCAAAAGCCAAACAUGGAUCAAGAAAUAAUGUUGCAUUUGUUUCAGUGAAAAGACCCAAAGUAUCAACAAACAAUGAGUUGGGGUUUGGCAUUCAUAGAACAGAGAAGGGUAAUAAUCCUGGUGUAGAUAAAGAAGAUCCAUUUUUCAGUUUACUUAUUAGUGGAAAUAUGAAGAGCAGUCUAUUCUGAACGUCACCUAAGUAGUUUAUUGUUUCUCUUUGUUUUUCUUUCUUUUAAUUAUGCCGCGGGGCAUCUUUGCGUGCAUAUUUGUGAUGAAUAUAUUCCUGCAUUUGGACAGUUUAUACAAA